AUGGAAAAGUUCCCCGAGCUGGAUACGUCCCUCGACGUCAACGGCGUGCGCGCCCCCAGCCCCUACAAGUCGCCCUCCGGAUACUCAAACGGGAGCGCGAGCGCAUCACUUUCCGAUCGCGGAAGCGCCUCCUCUUCGGCCAAGCGAGAGAAUGGCCACCACCAAUUACAUCCGCCUCCCGGGCUGGGCGGCUGGAGUAAUCACAACGGUGCCGCCCGUGGCCAUUCGCGGCAAAAGAGCCUUAGCGACGCCUUUCGCACGAUCCGCACCAGGAAUGGCAGCUUUAGCCAAAACGCCCACGAGCUCGCCGAUGCGCUCAAGGCCCCCGUAUCCCCCAAGUUGAUCAUCCUCUGCAUAACAUGGUACAUGUCGUCCGCCCUCACCAACACCUCCUCGAAAUCCAUCCUUAACGCCUUCAACAUGCCUGCGACGCUCACCCUGGUGCAGUUCGCCUUUGUCUCGACGCUCUGCAUUGCCAUGGCGUGGCUCGCCACCGUCUUCCCCAUCCUCCGCGAAAAGAUUACCGCCCUCCAGCAUCCCAUCCGACCGCCGACCCGCGACGUCGUCACGACCACGCUGCCCCUCGCCGCCUUUCAGAUCAUCGGCCACCUCCUCAGCUCCAGUGCCACAUCGCGCAUCCCUGUAUCGCUCGUGCACACUAUCAAAGGCCUCUCGCCGCUUUUCACCGUCCUGGCCUACCGAUUCAUCUACAACAUCCGCUACCCGCAGGCGACCUACCUCUCCCUCGUGCCCCUGACGCUCGGCGUCAUGCUGGCGUGCUCUGGGAAGCACGGCUUCGGCGGGCAGCUGCUCGGAGUCUUGCAGGCGCUCCUCGCCGCCAUUGUCUUCGUCACGCAAAAUAUCUUCUCCAAGAAGCUCUUCAACGAAGCCGCCAAGGUCGAAAGCGGCAUCGCGGGCACCCACUCCAAGAAGCUCGACAAGCUCAACCUGCUCUGCUACUCGUCCGGCAUGGCCUUUCUGCUCACCCUGCCCAUCUGGUUCUUCGCCGAGGGCAUCACCCUGCUGCGCGACGUGCUCCAGGACGGCGCCGUCGAGCUGAGCAACAAGCCCAACGCCUUUGACCAUGGCCGUCUAACGGUCGAGUUUGUCUUCAACGGUGUCUUUCACUUUGGCCAGAACAUUCUUGCCUUUGUACUCCUCUCGAUGGUCUCGCCCGUCACGUACUCAGUGGCCAGCCUGCUCAAGCGCGUCUUCGUCAUCGUCCUCGCCAUACUCUGGUUCCGCAGCCCGAUGACCCCGCUGCAAGGGCUCGGCAUCGCCCUCACCGUCCUAGGCCUCUACCUCUACGACCGCACGAGCGAGAGCAACAAGGCCGAUCGCAAGGCCCAGGCCCUAUCGCAGUCGUCCCGCGCGGGGACGCCGCUCCUGCCGAUUAACGAAGUGUCUUCAGGCCGCGGACGCAACGGCUUCGGCCAACCGCCGCCCGCCCGCCCCAUCUCGCAAGGUUACGGAUACUUUGGCCCAAGUGCAGCCGACGCCAAGAGAUCCGAUGACUGA